CAGCAGCAAGGGCAGCGCACAAAUAGCAGCGAGGCUGCCUCGCGCAAGCGCUCACACAACCAUCGCACCGUCGCGAGAGCGUGCAGCACGUCGACGAGCUGCGUGCCUCGCCUUGGCCCUCGACGUGAGCUGGAGGCGUCGCGUGACGUUGCAACAACACUGCGAGCUUCGCCUUCUCUCCGCGCACCUCUUGCGCUGCUCGCGCGGCAGCCAGCCUCGACGCUCUGAUGGCGUCCUCCUCGAGUCGCGCCCUGCUGCGGCGCGAGUCCUCAGCCGACGCCUCGCAUGCGCAACACCUCGCGGGCCUGAGGAGCGCCGGCAGCUCCGUCAGCGAUGCACAGGCGCAGACUCAUCUCGAAGGCGACGGCAUGCUCCGCUCAGACAGCGCUGCCUCUGCCGAAAGCAGUGCAGCUGGCGCCGCAGCUCCGUCCCAGCCAAGUGCAUCUUCAGCCCUCGACCCUUCUGCGUCUGCGACCGACGAGCCGCUAGAUCUCUACUCUCCCCCCGUGCUCAACUACGAGUUCCGGCGUCGCAUGCCUUCGCUCGCAAAGCAUCUCGCCAUCAUCGCACUCGUCAACUCGAUCCCUCCUACGCUAGCGUACUACGUCUCCACUCAUCUCUCCGACGACACGCCAGCGCAGACGUACACGUGGAUCACACUCUGCAUUGGCCUGACGGAACUGCUCUCCUUUCCCCAUCGCAUCUACGUCCUCUGUCGGCGCAACUACGAGCGCUCGGCGCGGCCUCUGACCUGCGCUCACAAGCGCUGGUAUCAACACGUCUGGGCCGUCUUUGCACACUUCGACACGUUUCAGUGGCUGCUGCUCUUCGGCAUCCUUGAGGGCGUGGUGCUGCUGACCGUCGCGUCGUCGAUCAAUGGAGAGCAAGGAGACUACAAUCUCAUGAUCCUCUCUCUGCCCAUCAUCUUCGCCACCAUCGGCGGGCUCUUCUUCGUCACCAUCGUCCUAACCUACUUUCACGUGCCGGCGCCGAGGUGGCCUCUCCUCUCGAGCUUGCAGCCCGGCGAGGCAUUCAGGCCUGCAGUCUAUCUCAUCGUCGAGGACGUCACGGCUGUCGAUGGCGGCGGCGGCCUGCCGUUUCGUCAAGCCAUUGCGCGGCGCUAUGAAGCAAGCCAACCGUUUCGACGACUCUGCACGGAACAGACGGCCAUCUUCACUGCCUGGGGCUUGCUCUUCCCCCUCUGGAUCGGCAUCCUCAUUGCGUCGAGCUCGAAUCGGGACAUCUCAUACGGCGUCUCGGUGGGCAUUGCCCUGCUCUGGUCGGCCCUCAUUGCCCUCGCUUCGUAUCUCUCGCUCCGGCGAGGCUUGCGUCGGGAGAAGGAGCACUUUGCUCGACUCAAGGCGCAUGCUGCUGGGCAAGGGCAUGCUUGAUCGAUCCCACGUGCCAUGCUGCUGCCGUUCGCGUCACCUCAGAUCCUCCGCUUCGUUCUGUAUCGUUAUCUCCAACGCACGAUCACUGACGCGCUAAUGACACUAAACUGCCGUG